CAACAGACAAUGUCUACUGAUCUACAUCCAACUGCUAAGGGCUAUCAUAACAAGGAGACCACUGAUGCUUAUGUCAAGGGAAGACCUAACUUGCCAUUAGAGACCAUCGACUUUAUAAAGAACAAUCUCAACCUUAAUGCCAACUCUUUAAUAGUUGACCUUGCUGCUGGCACAGGCAAGUUCACUGAACUGCUGGCAGGCUAUGGAGGUUUCAACAACAUUACAGCUGUUGAACCAAGCCCAGAGUUUAGACAGGCUUGCACAGAUAUCCUUGAGGGAUUGAUCAAGAAAGGAAGAUCUGAGCUCAAGUACUCAGUUGUUGAUGGACUGGCCACCAAGAUACCAUUGGCCGAUCAGUCGGUUGACGCAAUGUUUGUGUCUCAAGCCUUCCACUGGUUCGACAGUGAGGCCUCACUUCGUGAGAUGACCCGUGUCCUCAAGCCAGGCGCACCACUCGUCAUGGUCUGGUGUGACAUGGAUGUGACCAACCAUUUGGUUCGCGCCUCUGCUGACAUCUUCCACGAGAAGUACUAUGACAACAAGACACCUCAGUUCCGCUCAUUCAAAUGGGAGGCUGCCUUUGAGAACCCUGCCAUUGCCAAUCUUCUUGAACUCCCACUCAAGCUUCAGAAGUACAAGUUUAUGCACCACUACACUCGCGAGUCGCUGGGCAAUCGCGUAAUGUCCAUCUCGUACAUCUCACUGCUGAGCGAUGCGCAGAAGAAGCAUCUGCUCGAGGAGAUCAACCAAGAGUUGGACAAGUUCCCAGAGACCCUGAACAACCAGCAGUUUGAGUAUCCUUACAACGUCUACCUGUACUACACAACAAAGAAG